AUGGCGUCAUCUAAACAAACAAAAAAAAUAUUAACUCAAGGAAAACAUAUUAUUAAGUCUGCAUCAAAUAAACGACCACAAUCGACUUCAGACCAUGAUGUAAAAAUACAAGUUGCUGAUGAUAGUCAAGAAGAAUCUUUACAACAAACAAAUACCAAACAAAAAGGUAAACAAGACAAACGACAAAAAAAUAUACGUCCAAAUGCAUUUUUAAGUUUUAGAAUAACAAAUCAACAAAUUAUUGAUUAUGCUAAUGAAGUUCAAAAACAAAUCAUAGAAUCUAAUCCAUUAUUAUCAAAAGCUAGUAUAUCAAUACCAACACUUCAUAUAACUCUGAUGGUUUUUGCAUUAAAAACUGACGAUGACAAACAAAGGUUAGUAGAAUAA